AUGUCGAACUCGAGUUCGCCGACUCCGGCUCGUCGUGCCGCUAGUGAGGUUAAAAAGACAUCUCCUUCAUCUAUAGUUACAAGAAAUGGUGCUAGGAAAGCCAAAAUACAGACACGUGCUAUGGCAGCAGCAAAGCCGUCAGCGUCUGUGGUGGCCGCCAAGCGAAAGGCUCAGCAGAAGAAAAAAUUAACAAUGGACACAGUUUUACGAGAUCCUUAUCAAACAGCCAUGGAGUCCAAAUUCAGAGUGAAGGGUGCUACAGGCUUUGUAACUGACCCUCGGAUGUCUGAACACCGAUGCCUGUGGGAUGAUAACUAUCCUGAGUGUCCCGAGAGGCUGAUCAGUGUCAUUAAUAGGUGUCAGGAACUGCAUCUAAUAGAGCAGUGUAAAGUGUUUCCUCCGAGGAACGCAACUCGUGAGGAGGUGUUGGAACUGCACGCGCCGUCUGUCUACAGCAUGAUGGAGGGAACCCAUCAGAACCAAGACCUGGAGUAUUUGGAGGAAUUGUCUGCUGGUUUCGAUGCGGUUUAUAUACACCCUAGUACACACGAACUGGCGUUAUCAUCUGUUGGUUGUACCCUGGAUAUGGUUGAACGCUUGGUCUCCGAUGAGCUCCAGAACGCCGCGUGUAUGGUAAGGCCGCCGGGACACCACGCCAUGAGGGCGGAGCCCUGCGGAUACUGUAUCUACAACAACGCAGCCCUAGCCGCGAAUAGGGCGCUCAAACUUGGACUACAGAGAAUAUUAAUAGUGGACUGGGACGUGCAUCACGGACAAGCGACACAACAAAUGUUUUACGACGAUCCGAGAGUGGUGUACUUCUCGAUCCAUCGUUACGAACACGGGUCUUUUUGGCCCAACCUGCGACAGUCGGACUUCCCUUACACAGGCAGCGGGGCGGGCGAGGGUUAUAACUUCAAUGUGCCUCUCAAUAGAACCGGCAUGACUGACGCUGAUUAUAUAGCGAUAUGGCAUCAGCUGUUACUACCCAUGGCUUAUGAGUACCAACCGCAACUGGUGCUUGUGUCAGCGGGAUACGACGCCGCACUCGGCUGUCCUGAGGUAUCAUAUUACGUUAACACACACUGCAUGAACUAUAUCUGUCUCGCUCUCUCUCAGCAGUUCUCCCCAGAACUGAUCAUAGUGUCAGCUGGUUAUGAUGCAGCACUCGGUGAUGAGAAGGGUGAGAUGGAAGUAACACCAGCGUGUUACGCAUCCCUCCUACACAUGCUGCAGGGCGUGUGCCCCCGUGUACUGGUGCUGCUGGAGGGCGGGUACUGUCUCCGCUCGCUGGCCGAGGGCGCCGCCCUCACGCUGAGGACGCUGCUGGGACACGCGCCGCCCGCCCUACCGCCUCUACAAGAACCAUGCGACUCGAUACGAGAUUCAAUUCUGAACUGUAUAUACUCACACAAGAAACACUGGAGAUGCUUCAACAACCAGCCGACCUACAGCAUAGACCCCUCCGUGUUGAACACGGGCGAGCGAGCGAGAGGUCAGCAUACAGUGGUCAUGAAGUGGGAGGGAGAUGAAACUAGGGCUGAGAGGUUCGCUACUAGGAACUGUUACCCGCUACAGGACGAUGAAUUCAAGAGGAGGGUUAACGAAAGACUGAAUCACUUGCAAUUGGUGACGGACAUCAGUUUCCCCAAGCACGCCGUGUGCUACAUCUACGACCCAGUCAUGUUGAAGCAUCAUAAUGUUUGUGAGCCUGGUCACGUGGAGUGUCCUGAACGUAUAAUGCGUAUCCAUGAGCGACAUAGGGACUUCGGUCUGUUAGACCGAGUCCACCUCCUGCCGGCCAGGAGCGCUACUGACGAUGAAAUACUCGCCGUACAUACUAAGAAGUAUCUAGACAGCCUGAAGGAAUUAUCUAGUACUAAACUCCGAGACCUGAACACUCAGAGGAAGUCCUUCGACUCUGUAUAUUUCCACCCCGACUCAUUACAGAGCGCUUCAGCCGCUUCCGGCGCCGUUAUACAGAUGGUAGACGCUGUUCUAAGUCACGGUAGUUCCGGAGUGUGCGUGGUGCGGCCGCCGGGGCAUCACGCGGACGAGGAAGUGCCCAGCGGGUUCUGUCUCCUCAACAACGUGGCCGUGGGCGCCAGGCACGCCCACGCCGCCCACGGACUGACCAGGAUCAUGAUACUGGACUGGGACGUGCAUCACGGGAACGGCACGCAGAGGAUCACGUAUGAAGAUAAAGAGAUCCUAUACAUAUCGAUCCACCGAUACGACAAUGGCUCGUUUUUCCCCAAUUCCCCCGCGGCCGACUACACCGCUGUAGGCAAAGGCCGAGGAGAGGGGUUCAAUAUAAACAUACCGUGGAAUAAACGUGGUAUGGGUGACGCCGAGUAUCUAUCAGCGAUGUGUUCCGUAGUGUUACCGGUCGCCUAUGAGUAUGGGCCACAGCUGGUUCUAGUGUCGGCCGGAUUCGACGCGGCUGUUGGAGAUCCCCUUGGAGGUUGCAAAGUAACGCCGGAGUGCUACGGACGUAUGACGCACAUGUUACGAGGUCUAGCCGGGGGGAAGGUCAUAGUAUGUCUGGAGGGCGGGUACAAUGUGACAGUAUAUCGUACGCCAUGA